AUGCUUCCUUUAGAUGAACUUGAUAGGAAAGUUGCUUUUUUAUCACUUAUUCCGAGAUAAAUGAGUAGUUUACAUAACGUGCAUUUAACUCUAUGUAGCUUUCCUGUCUUCAUAACCCGUGCAGGAACGGAGGGACCUGGCAACCAGUGCACCGAGUGUGCAGUAAUGAUUUCACGUGCGUCUGUGCAGCGGGUUUCAGUGGAAAAUUCUGCGAGUAAAGUGAGAAAAGCUCUAGUAAAUUUUAAUUUAUCAGUUAAAGAAUAAAAGGACUAAAAGAAACGUUAAAUUUUGCAGAUUUGCAAACCUUGUUUUCAGGAGAGGAUUGCCCUGCUCUAUUCUCUCGCUCUUUGGCUUGCUUUCGUCUUGAGCGUACCCCUCGCUACGCCCCAUGAAUGUAAGUUCACUGUAACUUACUUCAAAACAAGGUUUUUGAAAAUAUUCUUUCUUUUGCCCCAUAUAUUAUCUUAGAUGUCACUCUUAGCCUGAUUCUAGGAUUCUGGCCAGUUGUUGUAGCCUUCAAAGGUUACAAUGGCAAGUAUCUCAGUCGUAAACAUCGAUCGGGAAUUGAU